AAGCAAUGGAUCGAAAUAUGGGACGGCAAGGACCGAUGUCCAUGUCACCGGGGGUGAUGCGAAGACCGGGCGGAAUGUCCAGCAGCAGGGACAUGCAUCAACAGACUCACUCAUCCUAUCAAACACAGCAGAAUCUGGUAUCGGCCACAGCCGGUGGUAUGAUGAAUAAUGGUGGUGACCGUAACGGGCCUCCACCGCCACCAUCACAGUCGUCGGCCGCAUCCAGUUCGAUGAUGCACCCGAUGCAUCCUAUGCAACAGAAUCAUCCACAGCAGCAACAACAGCAGCAAUUGCACCAACCGCAAACAGCACAACAGAUCCAACAUUCGCAACAUGACGAGCUCAUUCGAUACAUAAAUGAGGCAUGGAAUAGUAUAACUACCGACAAGAGCCAGAAAGCGCCAGUAUUCUACAAGAGCGUACCUGAGCCACGAUUGUCCGGAUUCACACCAUUCGAUCUGGAGCGCUGGUGGGGACAGCGGAUGGUACAUCACCUCAACAUUGGCUCCCACGGCCAUCAGUGAGCUGUG